AUAAACCAACAAUCAGUAGGUUUUGUGUUUUUCAUCUCUGUUCAUCCCAAUAAAAUAAAAUCAAAAGCACACACAAAAUACUAUAGAUUUUUGUUCCGGACGUUUCAUUCAAAUAUGCCGGCUGACCUUUUUCCUUCAUACCCUCUUUGAUAAACAAAGUUGUUGUCUUUAAUUUUGUUAAGAGUAUACGUGAAAUCCUGCAGGAUGAGUGCGAAGAUAAAGCUUCCCAAACUUCUUAAUCUUCUACUACUCUACAUAAUACAUACAACUUCAUGGACUGCUGCAGCAGCUGCAACCUCAUCCUUCUCACAACUCCAGUUAAUCAAUAGAGGCUUCAGUGCAACCCCAAGCCAGUCUCCAUUCCAACCAAUUCUAAAUGAGCCCAGCGGUGUUUUCUCUCUGGGUUUCCUCAAAGUAGGCUCCAGCCAGCUUGACCUUGCAGUCAUCCACCUUCCAUCCCGGCAGCCAGUAUGGCGUGCUAUUCCGGCUAGUCCGGGAAGCUGGGACAACUCCGUCACCUUCUCCUUUAAUGGCAGUUUGGUACUGUCGGAUUCCGGAAAGGGAGUGCUCUGGUCAACUGGUUCUGUGGAUGGUGACACACUUGUCCUCCUCAAUUCCUCCAACCUCCAAAUCCAGAAGGCCGGAGAGCCAGCAGCAUCAGUCCUCUGGCAAAGUUUUGACUUUCCAUCGGACACCAUCAUGCAAGGCCAGAAUUUCACCUCCAAAGCUGCUCUGUUUUCAAAUAACCAAAAGUUCUCCAUGAGCCUUGGCUUUGACUACCUAGCCCUUUACAUGGAGUUCCCUGGAGUGGCCGCGCCUAUGUAUUGGAAGCGCACAGCACUCCAGGCCAAGGCGCGGAUCAUCCAAGGGAAGGGACCGAUCUAUGCGAGGGUCGACCCCACUGGCUUCCUGGGCUUGUACCAGACCGAAGCGGUUCCUGUGGACGUGAUCUCCUUUGAUACAUUCAACAGAGGAAUACCUGACCUCCGGCGCCUGACGCUGGAGUCAGACGGCAACCUCAAAGCAUAUUACUGGAAUGGUUCAUCUUGGGUUUUGGAUUUUAAAGCCAUCCCCGACUCCGAGGCUUGUCAACUCCUCAGUGCUUGCGGCGCAUACGGGCUAUGCCGUUUAGAGGAGCCCAUGUGUGCGUGCCUGGAUAAUACUACGGCAAUUUGUCCCCCCGCAGACUCAGGCAAUCUUUGCAGCAGCGGCAGUAUCAGUAGUGUGGGAGGAGAUGACUACACGGUUUUCAGAACGAAAGGCGUCGAAUUGCCGAACAAGGAGUUGGCAGGCUAUCAAAAAAUGGGAUCUUUGGAAGAUUGCGAGCAGUCCUGUGAGAGGAACUGCAGCUGCUGGGGUGCAGUGUAUAACAACGUCUCCGGCUUUUGCUAUUCAAUUGAUUAUCCGAUCCAGACACUGGUGGAGGCUGGGAAUGUGCAGAAGACGGGGUAUUUCAAGGUGAGGACGAGAGCCAGCAGCAAGAGCAAGAGCAAGAGCAAGGCAGGGAUGGUAGUGCUACUUACUGUUGGGGUUUUGGUCUUCUUGGCAGCCGCUGGUUUUGGGGCUUACAGGGUGUGGAACCAAAUUAGGAGGAGAAGCCAGGAUGGGCUGGAUGAGUCUACAGUGGAGUGGCCCUAUAAGGAUCUCAAGUCCGGCUCCUCCUUUCGCUCCAUCGAACUGUCUGAAUCUUUCAGGAAGUGAUAAGGGGAAAGUAGACAUCAACAAGCUUUCAACCGGAGCCAAUCCAUGCCACGAAUACAUGUGAUCGAUCAGGUCUCGCCAUUAUGAUGAGAUAUGGCAGCUGCUGAGAAUUUGCUGAGAAUUUGUGUUCAUGUACUCCAGAAAUCUAAUUCUUCUAUAUCAAAACAGUUACUUCCUUCAUAGUUCAUCCCUUUCACUAUGUGUUCCAAUCCUACUAUUCAGUUCAGUCGCCAUGAAUUAAAAAAGCACAAUUUUUUUUUU